CUCGUCAGUGUCGUUCAUUCAAUGCGCAUGGCAACUUUCUUUGACCGCUAGUGCGCAUGCGUUACUUGUGUCAAGCGGUGACGCUCUCUCCGGCAUAACCUUACUUUUUAUUUAUCGAAAAAAUAUUUUAAUUAUACACAAAAAUGGCCGUGUCCGUGUUACAAUUAGCUGGUUUAGCGUGUAUUGCGUAUUUAGUGUUGAAAAUAGUGAGAAGUGUUUUGAAAACAUUGUAUACUUACGCUAUCGGACCUGCGUUGUUUAAAUUGGAUUUCAAAUCGAAAGGGAAAUGGGCUUUGGUGACUGGAUGCACCGACGGUAUCGGCAAGGAGUAUGCAAGACAGUUGGCCGCUCGUGGAUGCGACAUUGUUCUAGUCAGCCGUUCAAUUGAUAAACUGAAGGCAACAGCGCAGGAAAUAGAAAAAGAAUUCAACGUAUCUACAAAGAUCAUCCAAGUGGACUUCUGUGGAGGUGAUGAGAUCUACUCGACUAUUGAGAAGGAGAUCGCCGGCCUAGAGAUCGGUACACUCGUGAACAAUGUGGGCGUGUCGUACUCCUAUCCUGAAUACUUCCUGGAUAUACCUGAUGGCGACAACCUCAUCCAAACCCUGCUAAAAGCCAACGUGGUCUCAGUGACUCGUAUGACCAGACUGGUACUCCCACAAAUGGUGCAAAGGAAGAAGGGAGUUCUCAUCAAUAUUGGAUCCCUAUCCUCGGAUAUACCCUGCCCCAUGCUUAGCGUUUAUGCUGCUACUAAGGCGUACGUCGACAAAUUCACCGAAGGCCUCGAAAUGGAAUAUGGCAAAAAGGGCAUUAUUAUACAAUGCGUUUUACCAGGAUUCGUCUGCUCCAACAUGUCUGGUAUCCGCAAGAGCACUCUCCUCGCUCCUUCUGCCAAAGUCUUCGUGAACUCUGCCAUUGAUCUCGUCGGUAUAGCCAGGAAGACUACUGGCUACUUCCCCCAUGUCAUUUUCGGGAAUGUUCUAAUGUCCAUCCAGGGCAUGUGCUAUAGUUUCUGCGUCUGGUUGGUCACAAGGUCCAUGGAAAACAGCCGUCUGAAGAGCCUUAAGAAGUACAAGAAACAGAAAGGAAAAAUGGAAGCGUGAUAAUUUUUCAAGUGUUAGUGAAACACAUUUUUUGUUCAAUUUCGAUAAGUACAAAGAUUAAUUUUAUUUUUGAUUUCAACUUAUUUAUUUUAAUAAACGUUUGUUACCAAA